AUGGCAGACAAGCUCAAGAUAUCAAAGGUGGAUGACGUUCAGGUAGUAGCUCGGGGGCAAGCUUCUAACGUUACACUGCACUUAACAGCACAUCAUUUAAUCGUAGUUCAAGCACCUCUUCCUCCGCCGGAAACUUCGCAACAAGCAUCGCCAACGCAAAAGCGCACAGGGGCUCCGGUCAGGACGAGGGAGUCAUGGAUAGCAUAUCCUAUGAUAGCAUACUGUACAUUUCGACCAACUUCGCCAGGAUCUGCACAAGCUUCUUCUAUUCGUCUCCGGGGUCGAGAUUUUAAUUACUAUACUCUUAAUUUUGCGGAUGACAAGCAAGCUCGAGAAACAUUCGAAAGCUUGAAGAACUCAACGUGCAAGUUGGGUAGUAUUGAAAGAUUAUAUGCCUUUAGUUACAAAGCGCAUGGGGUGGAAAAGCAGAUAAAUGGGUGGGAUGUAUACGAUCCGAAGGCAGAAUGGAAACGUUUGGGAAUAAGUGAGAAGGGGGUUGACAGAGGAUGGAGGUUGUCUAAGAUGAACCACGAUUACGCCUUCUCUCCCACCUACCCAGCCCUACUCCCAGUUCCUUCAUCUGUCUCCGACAUCACAAUUAAGCAUGCUGCCCAGCACCGUUCGAGGGCCCGGAUACCGGUUCUGACAUAUCUGCAUCCUGUCAAUAAUUGCGCUCUGACAAGAUGUUCACAACCUCGGACCGGUAUGCGACAAGCCCGCAGUGUACAGGAUGAGAAGUUGGUUAGCGCAUGUUUUUCAGCAACAUCACAGGUCGAUGAGGUGGACUCGGCAUCUCCAGCGGCAUCUAGAAAUAGUCCAGCUUCCAGUCAAGCCGAUAUCAGUACGCCGAACAAUGGAGAAGUGACAGACACGGAACGUUAUGAGGAUGAGAUGCUUGCAUCUGCGUCAAAUAUCGAGAUCAUAACUGAGAAACCUCAAGUGUAUGGGGCACAGCAGAACAAUCUGAUUGUGGAUGCAAGACCUCAGGUUAAUGCUUACGCUAACCAAGUAAAUGGCUUUGGUACGGAAAAAAUGGAAUACUAUCCACUUGCUAAGAAAGCAUAUUUGAAUAUCGCAAAUAUUCAUGUUAUGCGAGACUCUCUGGCGAAAGUGAUUGACGCUAUUAAGGAUGCUGAUGUGUCCCCUCUUCCUCCAAAUCGAGAACUCUUGGCAAAGAGUGGUUGGAUAAAACACAUCACUGGUAUUCUUGAUGGGGCGGCAUUAAUCGCCAGGCAAGUCGGUAUACAACAUUCGCAUGUCCUCAUUCACUGCUCAGAUGGCUGGGAUAGAACGAGUCAGCUGAGUGCUCUAUCCCAGUUGAUGCUCGACCCUUACUACAGAACUAUAGAAGGAUUCAUAGUACUAGUAGAAAAGGACUGGCUAAGUUUCGGGCAUAUGUUUCAACAUAGAUCUGGAUUCUUAAAUCAUGAGAAGUGGUUUGUAACACAAAACGAUGCUCUUGCUGGCUCAGCAAUACAGCCAGGUGGGAACACUGACGGGCGCGGAGAUGCUAUCGAAAAUGCUUUGCUAAGCGCCAAACGAUUCUUUAAUAAAAGUAACCACAGUCAAGAGAAUGUCGAUGAAGCAGAUGAGGUUACAGUUGAUCAAUCUCCCAAGAGACCUAUUUUAGACACGCUCCCUCAAAGUGAUGUUACCAAGCCCAAUGAAACUAGUCCAGUCUUCCACCAGUUCCUAGAUGCAACCUAUCAGCUUCUCCGUCAACAUCCUACUCGCUUCGAAUUUAAUGAAAGAUUCCUUCGCCGACUUCUCUAUCACCUCUAUUCCUGUCAGUACGGGACAUUCCUCUACAACAAUGAAAAGUCUCGUGUAGACGCCCGCGUCAAAGAACGCACCAAGAGCGUCUGGGCAUAUUUCUUGUCCAAGAAACCCGAAUUUACUAACAAGGACUACGACGGAGAAAUAGAUGAUCACGUUAAAGGGAAAGAACGCUUGAUCUUCCCUAAUUUAGAGGAUGUAAGAUGGUGGCAUCAAGUGUUUAACCGCACUGACGAAGAAAUGAACGGACCGCAUAAUCCUGCCAUGGAAAGAUAUCUAGCACUCAGUGCAAAUAACAGUAACGGACUUAACACAACUGCAAGUAUAAGCUCGCCGCCAGGAGCGCCACCAAGUCGCACGGUUCUUGCGGGCCUGGAAGCGGGAACUCCGACGAGACGAGGUUCAAAUGGGACGACGACUGUUAGUGGCAAUCCAUUCGCAAGUCUGAGAGAUGGAAUUGCGGGGCUGGGAAUUGGGAAGGCAACGGGGUUGGGAGGCUUGGGGGCAUGGGAAGUGCGAACCAGAGCGGUCCGGCAAGUCUGA